GUUUACGAGGGCGUUCGGCCGUUGCUCCGCGUGCUUGUGUCGAGCUUACAUUUUAAAAAUAAAACUUAUUUGGCGCGAAUGGUAUAUACAGCUAUACCGCGUCUAUUAAACAAUAUAAUUCAUACUUUAAUGUAAUUUAUUCGGCUACGUUACGGGUGGUAUAAGACAAUAACGUGAAAUAUUUUAAAUUCGGUAACCUCGCGUUGUUUAAAAAUAACCAUCCGUGGCUAAAAAUGUAAAGAGAGCAAAAAAAAAGAAACAUGGAUUGGCGGGAAAAACUUUUCGGCCGUGUUCUUAUCAAGUGCGAUUCGUCGGGCACUCAGAAUGGUAAAUUUGAAACUGUUCAAACUUUAGAAGCAUUGUCGGAUUGCGUGGAGGAUGGCGAGGGUGCCGUCUGUGGUAUUUAUUUCUCAUUCGCUAACAUAAGUGACAAGAGUGAUGAUUUCGGAGUUCGCUUGGAGGAGAUGUACAAGAAGGUUUUGCCAAGACUUAAGGUUGUUGAAGUAGUGCUGUGGGCCCACGUCGGAACUCCAGAAGGUCCAGUAGAAAGGGAAGCCGGUUUCAUUAGGAACCUGACGGGAAAAUCAUGGUUUGCUGUGCCAUUUCACGAUGUGGAUAUUAAGCGUCGUCUCACUCAAAAGUACAGUAUUGCUGUAGGGGUGCCGACCCUUGUUAUCCGCGGUCGAGCCGUUAGGGACGCUUUGCUAUCGGAUCCAAAUGGUGAAAGGUUUCCGUGGCCAGCGCCACCCCUGGAUGAAGUACUGAAAGGAGUGUUGCUUGAAGGAGCAGAGAAGAAGCUGUAUGAGGAACUACCUAUUGAUGCUGUGAGGGUCUUCUAUUUUGCAGCUCAUUGGUGCCCGCCCUGUAGAUCGUUCGCUCCCGGUCUGUGCACCGCUUUGUCUGCGGUGCGCAAGAGACGCUCUAAGUACGCGAACACACAGCUUAUAGUCGUCUCCAGUGAUCGAUCGGAGCAAUCCUACGCCCGCACGAUAGCGUCCCUAACACCAGGGUUGGCACUAUCCGUUCCGUGGUCAUCCCCGGCUCGCCUGGCACUGCCGGCAGCCCUAGGCGUAGCGGGUAUACCAGCGCUCGUUAUAGCUGAUGGUACCGGGAAGAUACUCACCGCCAAUGGAAGACAACACCUCACCGCUGAUCCGACAGGACUUAACUUCCCAUGGUCGCAGCGACCCGUGUCGGCCCUCAACGAACAGGCGCUCCUCAAAAUGGCGAGACACCCCGCUGUUGUGCUGUUCGUUGACGACGAGGACGCCGAGAUAGAAUUCUCCGAAUCCGUUUUGGCUCCAUCGGCCGAAUCCUACUACGAGGAGUGCAGCAUCCAGUAUCCAGGAUUCUGUCCGUACCAGAACUCCUCCGACGACGAGAGUAUGGACUUCGACUACUCCACCAAGACCUCUCGCAAGAAGAAACCCUUCAAGCACGUGAUGUUCUACAUCGGUAUAGACGGCACGGACAGCGCGGACAUGAUCAGGGAGCACAUCGGCCUAGACGACGCCGUCCCAUUGCUAACAGCCAUCGACUUCCCCAAACAACGCAUGGUCACCAUGAAAUAUGGAGACGAGAUCACCACUGAUUCGGUGCAGAAUUUCGUCGAUGCAUUCCUAAGUGGCAACGCCGACUUCAAACCCCUCAAACCGUAUACACAGAAAUGUUGAGAAAUUAAAAAAAAUAUUUAAUUUCUAGGAAAUCAUUUUUCUUAAUAUCGAAAUAAUCAUAUUAGAGAAAUAGCACUUAUGUCGUUCUUCGCUAAAACAGAGUUGACAUAGUAGAAAUUGCUAGCUCUAGGACGUAGUCGGCUGUAACAAUUAAGAGAUUCAGCUGAGGUUUUUCAAAAAUUAUUUCCAUUAGAAUUUUAUUAAGUAAUAUUAGAGAACGUUAGAUUUAAUAUAGUUUUGUAAUCGAUCUGUAGAUUUAGAUGUUUAGAUUUUUCAACUACAUUUUAACUUAAAAUAUUAAAAUUCGAAGCACAAACCGACGAAAAAUACAUUUUUAAAAUUGACUACGUGAAUAGCGUUAUACCAAGCCAAGCUAUUUAAAUUAAAAUAAAAUAAUACAAUUGCAAAAGUUUAUACAAUUGCAUUUAUUAACUUUUAACGAAGAGGUUUCAAUUGAACUGUGUAUUUUUGUGUGUUUGUGCAGUUUCCUUGUUUAUGAAGUGGUUUUGAUAAUUCUUUCUUACUAUCAUUAGAAUUUAUACACGGAUUGAAUCUUUCUACUAUAAUAAAGAAUAAUAUGUAUUUAUCAACUAUACAAAUUUUAUACUAAUUAAUGGUCGAUUAAAGCAUUGCUCUGCGGAAAUAUUAACUUUACUGCCUAUUAGAUAUUUAAACACCAACCUGACUUUUGUACUAACAAUGUUCGGAAAACUUACAAUAUUUUUUAAUAUCACACCAAUAUCGGCACCACUUUUGAGACUUUGACUUUUGAGAGAAAAAAUAGAAUACGUAAAAUAAUUGUAUAAUUUUUAUAUUACGAAAUUUUCUUAACUAGUUCUCCUCAUUCAUCCAAAGUCCAGAUCAAUUCAAAGAUCCUAACAUAAUUUACUGACCAUGAAGUCUUUUAGUUGGUCAGUUUUUGUAUUUCAAAUCGGUUUUUAAUUUUUAUUAGAAAUAUAAUAUCUAUAUAUUGAAAACUGCGACAAUUGUUUUGUACUAAAUUUAACACAUGUUAAAUCUGUGGCUGUCAAUUGUUUCAUUGUAAUGUCCGCAUUAUAAACACCACGAUUCUGUUUCUGGGUAUAGUGUAGUGGUAGAUACCAGAUACAAGAAUACUAUUUCAUAAACUUAGUAUAAUAUAUUAAACAAAACUAGGAAUGCACUGAAAGUUUCUAAAUAUAAGUUCAAUGCAACUAAAAAGGUUUCACUUACAAAAAAUUGACUUUUUUUUUUUUUAUUCACAAUGUAUUUUAAUGUAUCCAUAUUACAUACUUUGAGAUUUUUUCAAAUGAAGUUUGUAAUGGUGUUUCAUUUUACAUUACGUAUAAAAUUUCGAGUAUAUUACAUUUGAACGGAUUAUUGUUAAAUUACAUUACAGGUUUAGAACUACAAUCAAUAAAUAAUUUAUCACAUUUAAUUUUGUUUAUACGAUCAGCACGUUUUAUAUAAUAAUCUCAAUCAUCGGGCGCAUUUAAUGAAAUAUAUUAAUAAACUUUCAAUAAUA